GUUUACCGGUUGUUCUCGCAGGCUGCUGUAGUGUUGGGUUUCAUUUCAUCCUCUCUGGUCGGGUCAUGGCUACUCACUCGGUUGAAGAUUCCUUCCCUUUACACGGGCUGUUGCCGAAAAAGGAGACCGGCGCUGCUUCAUUCCUGACCAGGUUUCCCGAGUACGAUGGACGGGGGGUGCUUAUCGCUAUCCUGGACACCGGGGUGGACCCGGGGGCGCCGGGCAUGCAGACCACCACAGAGGGCAAGCCAAAGAUUGUUGACAUCAUCGAUACGACAGGCAGUGGCGACGUGAACAUGUCAACAGUGGUGGAGCCCAAAGACGGAGAAGUGUUUGGACUUUCUGGGCGCACACUCAAGAUCCCUCCAGCCUGGGUGAACCCAUCAGGAAAAUACCACAUCGGUGUUAAAAACGGUUAUGAGUUUUUUCCAAAACCUCUGAGAGAGAGGAUACAGAAAGAGCGCAAAGAGAAGCUGUGGGACCCAGCACACAGAACAGCUCUAGCAGAGGCCAGUCGCAAGACAGAGGAGUUUGACCUGGCUCAUCCCAACCCCUCACAGAUGGAGAAACUGCAGAAGGAGGAGUUGCAGAGUCACAGUGAGCUGUUGGGCAACAUGGAGAAGAAGUACAGCGACCCUGGGCCUGUGUACGACUGCAUGGCGUGGCACGAUGGCAUCACGUGGAGGGCAGUGGUGGAUACUUCAGAGAGUGGAGACCUGGCGUCCUGUACCGUGCUCAGCUCCUACAGGGAAAGACAGGAGUAUGCUACACUAGGAGAUGCCGAGAUGCUCAAUUACUCCAUCAACAUCUAUGAUGAAGGGAAUACUCUCUGCAUUGUCACUAGUGGAGGUGCUCACGGGACUCACGUCGCCAGCAUAGCAGCAGGGUACUUCCCCGAGGAGCCAGAGAGAAACGGCGUGGCCCCUGGUGCCCAGAUCUUGGCGAUGAAAAUAGGGGAUACUCGCCUGAGCACAAUGGAGACAGGAACAGGCCUGAUCCGAGCGAUGAUCGAGGUCAUUAACUACAAGUGUGACCUUGUGAACUACAGCUAUGGGGAGGCAACCCACUGGCCAAACUCAGGGAGAAUCUGUGAAAUAAUCAGCGAGGCGGUGCAGAAACAUAACGUCCUGUACGUGUCGAGCGCUGGGAACAACGGCCCAUGCCUCUCCACUGUGGGGUGUCCUGGAGGAACCACGAGUAGUGUCAUAGGUGUUGGUGCUUAUGUCACACCGGACAUGAUGGUGGCGGAAUAUUCGCUGAGGGAGAAGCUGCCUCCUAAUCAGUACACGUGGUCCUCAAGGGGUCCCAGUACUGAUGGAGCUCUGGGUGUUAGCAUCAGUGCGCCUGGGGGAGCCAUCGCCUCUGUGCCCAACUGGACCUUGCGUGGCACGCAGUUAAUGAACGGCACCUCCAUGUCCUCGCCCAACGCCUGUGGAGGCAUCGCGCUCGUACUCUCGGGUCUGAAGCAGAACGGGAUGCGACCCACAGUUGCAGCUGUGAGACGUGCUUUGGAAAACACCGCCCAGAAAGUGGAUGAGAUUGAAGUGUUUGCGCAGGGUCAUGGCAUUAUUCAGGUGGAAAGGGCAUUUGACUACCUCAUGCAACAUGCUUCCACUCCCACCAGUAACCUGGGCUUCACGGUCACUGUAGGGAAUCAGCGGGGCAUCUACCUCAGGGACGCCAUCCACGUGUCCGCUCCCUCUGAUCAUGGAGUUGGCAUUGAGCCAGUCUUUCCGGAAAACACUGAAAACUCUAUACGAAUCUCGCUGCAGUUGCACCUGGCGCUCACAUGCAACGCCCCAUGGGUGCAGUGCCCCUCUCACUUGGAGCUCAUGAACCAGUGCCGUCAUGUUAAUAUCCGUGUCGACCCACAGGGACUUCGAGAGGGCCUGCAUUAUACUGAGGUGUGUGCUUAUGAUACCUCUGCCCCGAGUGCUGGUCCACUCUUCAGAGUCCCCAUAACAGUUAUAAUCCCCACAAAGAUUACUGAGAGCCAGAAUCGGGAGAUCUCCUUCACGGACGUUCACUUCAGGCCAGGCCAGAUACGACGCCAUUUUAUCACCGUCCCUCAAGGAAGCUCGUGGGCAGAGAUCACGUUAACGUCUCACUCCUCCGAUGUCUCCUCCAAGUUUGUCCUCCAUGCCGUGCACCUGGUGAAGCAGAGAGCUUACCGAGCUAACGAGUUCUACAAAUUCUCCUCACUGCUGGAGAAGGGCUCACUCACGGAGGCUUUCCCUGUGCUGCCUGGUCGGACGGUAGAGGUGUGCAUCGCUCGUUGGUGGGCCAGUCUUGGUGAUGUCGUCGUAGACUAUACCGUUUCCUUCCAUGGGCUGCGAACGUCUCCCUGCCCUCUUCAUAUACAUGCUUCUGAGGGCAUAACCAGUUUUGAGGUGUCGUCUCCUAUUCGAUAUGAGGAGGUCUCACCAACCAUCACCCUGAAGAACUGGGUCCAGCCCCUUAGGCCAGUAAGUUCAAAAAUAAAAGCACUCGGUUCCAGAGAUGUCUUGCCCAACAGCCGUCAGCUUUAUGAAAUCGUCCUUACAUACAGCUUUCACCAGCCUAAAGGUGGAGAGGUGACCCCAAGUUGUCCACUUCUGUGUGAGCUGCUAUACGAAUCGGAGUUUGACAGCCAGCUCUGGCUGCUCUUUGACCAGAACAAGAGACUCAUGGGGUCUGGAGAUGCUUAUCCUCACCAGUACUCUUUGAAGCUGGAGAAAGGUGACUACGCCAUCCGGCUGCAGGUUCGCCACGAGCAGCAGAGUGAGUUGGAGCGGUUGAAAGAUCUGCCUUUCAUAGUGUCUCAUCGCCUCUCCAACACACUGAGCCUGGACGUGUACGAGACACAUCGGGCAGCCAUGCUAACUAAGAAGAAAGCAAACUCACUCACUCUCGCACCAGGAUCCUCUCAGCCAUUCUACGUCACCUCUCUAUCAGACGACAAGUGUGUGAUUUUGCGGAUUCCUAAAGGUACAGGUCCGGGAUGCUAUAUGACCGGCUCUCUGGUUGUAUCGAAGAGCGAGUACGGGAAAAAAGCAGGCCAAGCCUCAGCCAAACGACAAGGAAAGUUUAAAAAGGACCUUGUGCCAGUUUUCUACCACCUGAUCUCAGCCCCUAACAAAUCAAAGAAUGGAGGAAAGGACAAGGAUAAGGAUGGCGAGAAAGAGAAGGACAUGAAGGAGGAGUUCUCCGAAGCCCUCCGAGACUUGAAGAUCCAGUGGAUGACCAAGUUGGACACCAAUACAUUAUAUGAUGAACUAAAGGAGAACUUUGCAAAUUAUCUCCCUCUCCAUGUCCAACGACUGCAUCAGCUGGAUUCCGAGAAGGAGCGACUGAAGCGACUGCAAGACAUCAUGGCAGCAGCAGAUAUUGUUAUCUCUCAAAUUGACCAGACUGCAUUAGCGGUUUAUCUCACGAUGAAGACCGACCCUCGUCCAGACGCAGCCUCUAUAAAGAACGAUAUGGAGAAACAGAAGUCGUCACUGCUGGACGCGCUGUGUAGGAAAGGCUGUGCUCUGGCUGAUCUGCUCAUGCAGCCUCCAGAGCAGGAAGGGGCGAGCGCGGGUGAGGUGGGCAGCUCUGAAGAAGACCCACACGGCGUGGUUAAAGCACUGACCGACACUUUCUGGGAGGUUCAAAAGUGGGCCGAGCUCACUGACUCUAAGGUUCUGUCGUUUUCCUACAAACAUGCUUUAGCAAAUAAAAUGUAUGGAAGAGCUUUGAAAUAUGCUUCUAAAAUUGUAGAAGACAAACCCAGCAAGGAGAACUGGAAGAACUGCAUUCAGCUGAUGAAGUCUCUGGACUGGAUGCACUGCGCCAACUACACUGAAAACUGGCUUCCCAUCAUGUAUCCCUCAGACUACACACCUUUUUAAACCAGAUAAUGCAGGAUUGUCCUGUGAAAUGCAGUACCGGAUUUUAAAGACUUUUUUGAUGUGGUCCAACGUGGAUCCCAUUUAAGCUGGGUUUUUUGUUUUGUUUUUUUUUGUUUUUUUUAACUCUAUUUGACUCAGAAUUGCAAGUUCACAUGGGGGACGCGUCUACAUUUUACUACCAUAUCGUAAUCCUCCAGUCACAGGUUUCUCCGUUACUGUUGAGUAUGAUUGAUUGUAUAUUUUGUGGGCGAGGAUUUAUUCAUUACUUUUAUUCUUCAUAUCCUCUUUUGGUAUGUGUACAGGGAGGAGUUGCUGCUUGGUCAACAUUUCUUGAGUUAUAUAUUGUCCUAAAUCUACUGCAGUAGAGGGUUGUUGUGUGGGUUUUUUUUUUUCUUUUUCUGGAGUGCCAAUUUAUUUAAUUCUCCAUUAAAUAUUGGAGGGUGUAAGAGUAUCCUCCUCUUCAGACUGAACUGUGUUUAAAUGUAGAAACUGGGGUCACAGUGCACACAAUGCUAUAAAGGCAAUAUAAAUAUAUGUAAACCUACUUUUCCCUGAUAUACAGUAUAUGUACAAUGUAUGCAUGUUUUUUUAUUUUUUUUUUAUAAAGUCUAAGGGAUUGCUUUUGGCCACUUAUAUCAAAAGGAAAUUGAACUUUGCUUUUAUACUGUAUAAUGGAGUCCAUGUGUUGCCUUUUUAUGAGUGAAAGUAGUGCAGUGUGUGUGUGUGUGUGUGUGUGUGUGUGUGCGCACACUGUAUUUUUAAUUUAUUUAUUUUCUGCUGCAUAUGCUUACAUAGGUUUUUCUUUUUCCUUUCCGCCCCUCUUGGCACACUGGUCCUCUUGCUGUUUUAUUAUAAUCACAUUUAGCAAUUUCUACAAAAACCAGCUUGUUCAUGGCAUCUACUAGCACCCCCCCAUUAGUAUAAAAAAAACUGCUGGAAUGUAUCAUUUCGUACAUUUUGAAGGAAAACUCCACCUUGAUGAUGAUGAUAUUUAUAAUCAACUGAUAAUUCCAAAUAUUUCAGUGUAAAUAUGUUUAAUGUGCUUCAUGGUAGAGUUUUCCUUUACAUUGAUGUAGUAUGAGUUUGAGCUGUGCAUUAGGUAGCACAGUGUUGAGCUGCACUAUAAAGCCUAUGCCAAGUUCUUUUUAGCUUUCUAACAAAUGAAUCCAGCUUUGUGGUAUUAAUGCUAUUUGUAUUCUUCAUCAUGAUGCAGUAAAGCUGCUCAUGCCUAACUUCCAUAAUUGAGUUCUGUUUGGCUGUUUCUGGUAACUUCCAAAUGGAGUUUUAAUGGUUUAAAUGUCCGUUUACACAAUAUUGUCCCCGAGAAUGUGGUGCUUUACAGCCAGUAAUAUCGGUGUCAGAUUCACAGCUGUGGUUGAGAUGAAGUUCUCAGUUUCCACAGUUCAACAAUGACUGAACGGGAGACCAUUGGCAUCUAUUGCCAAAAACAAGUUCUAAGCUUUGCUUGUUGUUGGUGUGUACUAUACUUAUCAGUACUGCUCACCAGAACAUCGGAGUGAACGUUUCAGAUGAUGCCAUACAUUUCUAAGGAUAUUGUUUUAUUUCAUUGAACUCAUGGAAUUGUUUCCUUCUCCGGCUUGGUUUAAACACGGACACGGUUUUUGGUUUAGUCUGCAACUAUAUAUUCAGGGUUACACCAACAUGGAAUUUGCCAACAUCAAUCUCCUCAACGAUGGCCUUAAAUCCUCUCCAAUCUUCACGCCGUCCACCUCUUGAGUGCAGUCACAGGUCUCGUAUCGCUGUCGCUGCGUCAAAGAGCUUAGGAUGUAUUCAAGGAUGUCAUGUAUUUCUAAAGUUUAAACGAAUACUAGUUAAUGCCAAUAUUUUUAAAAUGUACUUUUAAUUUAAAGCCCACAGUAUGCGCUAGUAUCACUUUUAUAACCAUUAUACUUCAAGAGCUGUGUGGAAAGUUGUGACAAGUUAUUUUGUUAACAGUAAAUAUUGGGAAAAUGUGAUAUGAUGAAGAUAAUUCUAAAUAAAACUAUUUGAACACCAAA